CAAAAAUCAUCAAUAUAUCACUAUUCAACUAUCAUUUUCAAAAACAUAAAAAUCAUCAAAACAUCAGUAUCAUCAUCAUCUUCAUCUCAAAUCACCUGAGCUCAGAUCUCAAUUCUCAAACCUCCACAAUGUCAACAAUCCCCACAAUCCCAUCACCCCUAAAAGCCGUAACACUAACCCACGUCCGUUACGAAAGAGGCGAUCCCUUAGGCCAUUUCCUCGCCUGGAUCUCCCUCAUCCCAGUCUUCAUCUCCUUCGGCGGUUUCUUCUCCCACUUCAUCUUCCGCCGUGAAAUUCAAACAAUCUUCUUCUUCUUAGGUCUCAUCGUUUCACAGUUCAUCAACGAAAUCAUCAAAACCUCCGUUCAACAAGCUCGCCCCGAAACAUGCGUGCGUCUUGAAAUGUGCGAUUCACACGGUUGGCCUUCAAGUCAUUGCCAAUAUAUGUUCUUUUUUGCUACUUAUUUGACCCUUUUGUACGCUAAAGGAAAUGGGUUGUUUAAAAAUGUGAUUUUUAAUCUGUUUAUCUGGUCUUUGGCGAUUUUAACCGUGUAUUCUAGGGUUUAUUUGGGUUAUCAUAGUGUUGCUCAGGUUUUUGCUGGUACUAGUUUGGGGAUUUUUAUUGGGGGGGUUUGGUUUUGGGUUGUGAAUACUGUUUUUUCGCCUUUUUUUCCUGCUAUUGAAGAAAGUGCUUUUGGAAGGUGGUUUUAUGUUAAGGAUACUUCUCAUAUUUCUAAUGUGUUGAAGUUUGAGUAUGAUCAAGCUAGAGCUGCUAGAAAGAAGAUGGUCUCGGAUUCGAAGUCUGAUUAAUUAACGGGCUGAUUGCUCCGACUCUCCGAGUUUGUUUGAGGAUUUGUGUUACAGGUAUUUAUGACAGUAGUAUUAAUAUAUUGUAUUUCUUCUCUGGAGGAUUCUGCUUUAGAAGCCAGCUUGCGUAGGUUACAAAUGGCAUCUAUGGAGAGAGCAGCAAAACACACACAUUGAUAUUUUAGGCCUGUGAUGCUGCCUAUGAAAUUGAAUCUGAAAUGAUGUAACAAUAGAAUGUUAUCACAUGCUAUAGAUUAUAGAAAAACACUUGAAUAUUUUAUCUUGUUUUCUAUUCGGGGUUGAUAUGAAGAAUGAAGAUACAUACAUAAAUUCAAUACAAAAGUACAAACACAACUUAGGGAAUAAAUUCCACCGAAAUUUAUCGGGGCGUUGUGUAGCAUUUUUUUUUUUAUAUAGUCAUAUGUGAUUGAAACCAAUACACCA